UCUGGGUACCAGGGGUGGGAAGCGCCCGGGGGGCAGAUCAGGGGCCGCCCCCAGCUCCUUGGCUGCGUGGUGCCCGCGGUUGCCCUGACCGCGCCCUUCGCCCCCAGGCCAGGGGCCUGUUCCACCUGGUGGGCCUGCAGCUGGUGGGGCCCAUGGAGCAGACGCCCCGGGGAGCCUGCUUCAUCUUCGUGGUGGUGGACCACUACACCCGCUGGGUGGAGGCGGCCCCCAUGAAGACGUGCUCCCCCGAGGAGACGGCCGAGCAGGUGCUCAAGCUGGUGUACCGCUUCGCCUUCCCGGAGAGGAUCGUCUGCACCCAGAGCGGCGACUUUGUCCGGCAGCUGAAUCAGAUCCUGAGGAUCCGGGCCGACCUCCAGUGUGACCUCGUAGCCAACUACCGGCCCCGGACGCACGGGCUCCUGGAGAUGACCAACGCCUUCGUGCAGAGGCUGCUCACGUUGGUGGUGAGAGGGAACACGGCCAACUGGGACCUGGAGCUGCCAAACGUUCUCUUCCUGCAGAUGCAGGCGGAGAACGAGUCGGAGGAAGACGACCUGGGCUCGGAGGAGAGGUCGGAGGGAGACUUGGAGGGUGACGACGCCGUGCCCCCCGCUCCCUUCCCCUCGGCCUCGGAGCCGUCCCCGGACGAGGACGCGGAGCCGGUCGUGGUGGCCGCCCUCGGCGUGGAGGACACGUGUCCCUACUGCGACCAGCUCGCCGACAGAGGCAACAGCGAAGUUUUCACCAUGCUGCAGUGCGGCGCCUGCCAGUCCUGGGCCCAUCGCACCUGCGUGCAGCGGUGGUACAGAGGCGACGGCUGGAGGAGCGCGUUCCGCUGCAGAGCCUGCUUCCCCGGGCCCGGCUCCGGCCCAGAGUGAGGGGGCCGCCGCAGGGAAAGGGGCCCCUCCCCCCGGCUCCCGGCUGUUAUCUCAGUCGCCCCAAACGGGCCCUUUCACCUUGAAUGGAAGCCGGGGCUCAGACGGGGGCGGCUCCAUCAGGAGGCCCCUGAGGGCCGACCUCGGGCCGUGUCCCAGGGCCGUCUGUGCUUUUGUUCGCUGCGUGUUCUGCCUCUUGCUGUCUCCUGCUAUCAAUAAACCAGCGCUUAGUGAGCACCGCCAGUGCCUUCUUAAGGACAGAGGGUCCCUGAUUCUCUGGGCCUGGGAGCGGGGCAGGGA